CGCCGCUCAGUCAGCUCAGUCAACAUCAGUCAUCGGUCGUGGGUGGUGGGUGUUUGCAGGUGUUUGUUACUGGCGUGAAUACCUGGUGGUCAUUGAAGGAUAAUGCUCCACGCGAAAUCCUAGUGUCAAACUACCUGUUCGGUGUAAGAGCGAAAGUCACGUCCCUUUAACUCAAUUUUCAGGAAAAUUGAGGAGCUCGUGACAGACGAUGGCGUCGCUCAGGUUGUUUGUAGCUGGAGCGAGUGCCAUAGGUGCUGGUACUCUUACUUCAUACUUCCUUACUUCAUACUUCCUUUUAUCAGAUACCACGGUACACGCUGAGGUCAAGGGAAAACCAAGACCACCUCGAAGAACGUUGCCGACUCGAGAAGAUCAAGUGAAGGUUUUGAAAUCGCAGGACUAUGAUGUGUUGAUAAUCGGUGGUGGUGCGACAGGAGCAGGAUGUGCACUGGAUGCUUGCACAAGAGGUCUGAAAACUGCGUUAGUCGAAGCUGACGACUUUGCAUCGGGCACGUCGUCUCGGAGCACGAAGUUAAUUCAUGGCGGCGUACGAUACCUGCAGAAAGCGAUCAUGCAGGUGGACAUCGAGCAAUACAAAAUGGUAAAAGAGGCCCUUCACGAACGUGCAUCGAUGCUGGAAAGCGCACCUCAUCUGGCGCAUCCGUUGCCUAUUAUGCUACCGGUUUACACAUGGUGGCAAAUUCCUUAUUAUUGGUUCGGCAUUAAGAUGUACGAUUUGGUAGCGGGUAGUAAAACGGUCAAAUCCUCGUAUUACUUAAGUAAAUCGAACGCUCUGGAACUUUUUCCGAUGCUGAAAGGCGACAAAUUGAGGGGAGCUAUUGUAUAUUACGAUGGUCAACAAGACGAUGCUAGGAUGAAUUUGGCGGUCGCUCUAACAGCCUCGAGACACGGGGCGACAGUCGUAAAUCAUGUUAAAGUAGUCAACUUAUUGAAAGGUCUCGACAGGGAUGGCAAACGAGUCCUUGUGGGAGCUCACCUCAGAGAUGAGCUUACGGGAGAAGAGUGGGACGUAAAGGCUAAGGCAAUAAUUAAUGCGACCGGCCCCUUCACAGAUCAUAUUAGAAAGAUGGACGAUCAAAAUGUCGCGUCUAUCUGCUGCCCAUCUUCCGGCGUUCACAUAGUAUUGCCAGGAUAUUACAGUCCUGACCAAAUGGGUCUACUUGAUCCAGCGACGAGUGACGGCCGAGUAAUUUUCUUUUUGCCAUGGCAAAAGCAAACAAUCGCAGGAACAACUGAUCUACCCUGCGAGGUAACGCACAAUCCUCGGCCCACGGAAGACGAGAUUAUGUUCAUUCUGCAGGAAGUGAAGAACUACUUGAACCCAGACGUUGAGGUUCGCCGUGGUGACGUUCUCUCUGCCUGGAGCGGUAUCAGGCCGCUCGUUUCUGAUCCAAAUAAACCGAACACGCAAUCGCUCGCUAGGAAUCAUAUUGUGCACGUUAGUCCUACGAAUCUUAUCACGAUAGCAGGCGGCAAAUGGACGACUUACCGAGCGAUGGCUCAAGAAACCAUUGACGCAGCUAUAAAAGCUUGCAACCUAGAACCAGAAAGACCCUGCCAGACUGAUGGCUUUCUUCUGGAAGGUGCUCAGGGCUGGAGCCCUACGAUGUACAUUAGAUUGGUGCAGGAUUUCGGUUUAGAAUGCGAGGUCGCGCAACAUUUGUCCAAGAGUUAUGGCGAUCGAGCAUUUGCCGUAGCUAAAAUGGCCUCGCUUACGGGAAAACGAUGGCCUAUUAUUGGAAAAAAGAUUCACCCAGAAUUUCCGUACAUCGACGCUGAAAUACGUUAUGGUGUGCGGGAGUACGCUAGAACCGCGAUUGACAUGAUCGCGCGUCGAUUGCGACUCGCUUUCCUCAAUGUUCAAGCGGCUCAAGAGGCAUUGCCAGGCAUCAUAGAUAUCAUGGCCGAGGAGUUGCACUGGUCGGCGGAGGAGAAGAAGAAGCAGCAACGCGAGGCCAGCGAGUUUCUCGCUCAUGAGAUGGGUCAGAUGGUGAACCGUGCUUCUCGCGACAAGAUUCCCAUUAAUCUUAGCAAGGACGAAGUUCAACUCUACAUCAAGCGCUUCCGUAUUAUAGACAAGGAUAAAAAAGGAUACGUAUCUAUCAAUGACAUUAGGCGAGGACUGAAGCUCUUUGGGGAUAAGGAAGUACCGGGCGAUGAACUUCAUGAAAUUCUGCGCGAAAUUGACACCAAUAUGAACGGUCAAGUUGAAUUGGAUGAAUAUCUUCAGAUGAUGUCAGCUAUUAAGUCUGGCCACGUGGCAUACUCACGUUUCGCACGGAUGGCUGAAAUGGAAGAAGCGCAGCACGAAAAAGACAUGCUCAAGAAACAAAUAAGCGUCGAGAGAUCAGGUGGUGGACUAUAAGAAAAUUCAUCUCCACUGCAGAAUUUUUGAAUAUUUUAAUCUAACAUUUUAAUUGGACAGGUUUUACUUUCACAUUUUAAAGAAUUUCAAUUUAUUCGAUCGACUGUAUCGUCGAAACAAAAGAAUCAAACGACGUCUUGCAAAGUAAAACUCUAUUUCGAACAAUAAUUAAAAAUAUAUUAAUCUACAAAUAUUUCAUAUCGAACAAUUCAUAAUCAUCAAGUUUUUGUACGUACAUCUAUCGUGGAGAUUUUUAUCGAUUAGUAAAACCAAUUGUAAAAUCAAUUUUUAUUUACGCAUAGGAUUUCUCUCUUCACGAUUUGACGUGCGCUGUAUAUAACAUUUAUGUUAUGUACAAAAUACGGAACGUAUCUUUGUUUGUUCUAUUUGUAUAUAUAAUCAAUAUUGAUACAUCACUGCUAUAAUUCUAUUGUUGUCUACUCUCGUUAAGAGUGUACUUUAUAGAAAAUAUUGGAACUUACCAUCCUAAAUCGUCUCAACAUAGUAUUUAUAGCAUUACAAUUGUAUAUUAUGUAUUAUUUAACUUUAAAGAGAGUAAAUCGCUCUCUUUCUCGUCAAAACGUUAAUCUACAAAAUUGUGAAUAUAGCGUUGCUGUAAGAUAUGCUUUGACUACAUCAUUUUAAAGAAAUUUUGUCGUCUGGUCUUUGAAACUGAGCCGGUAAUGGGGCGAACUAUACACUAUCAUCUUUGUAUCAAAUACUAAUGUACAAACUAAAGAUAUAUCAUGAGAAUGUCAUUUAAUUUAUUAUAACUGUAACAUGACACAGUAACAAGCAUAUUGCCUUGUAAUUUAUUUCAUCAUCAUCGUAUCAAUAAAACCGAAAAACGAGUAA